AUGGACCCAAAGCUGCCGGGCUUGGUCGCCUUGUCCAGCUUCCCUUCUGAGGUUUUGGGACAUGAGGCUUUAAGUGCUGGUAUCUACAAGAACCUUUGGCAAGCAUACACCACAUCACGUCGAAACAGCAAAGACGAGACUGAACAUCGCCUGGAACAUCUGUUCUGGAGAAUAUGGAGUAAUCGCGGGCUCUCCAAACAAAUGAAUACUCGUACUCUGGACCGCCUCAUCCUACGAAUCAAAUCCCCCGAAGUUUUGGUGGGCCAAGAGACGACCGAUAAGAUGUCUGAGGGCAACAAAGAAAAGCCAAUCGAGCAACCGGGACCGUGCGAUUCUGGCUCCUGCUCCAUUCACCCAAUCUUGAAGAAACCGCCACCGGUCGAGCGGACAAAGGCAACCGAAGGUGAAUCUCACAAGAGCACCCGUCUCCUGCUCGAUACCUCCAUCGGCACCCAGAUCACACUCGACCCAUCCGACUCUCCAGUCGCCUUGGCAUCUCCAACUCCCAUCCCCGAUCCACGCCCAGCUCCCAAGAAGUCAUAUCUCACCGCAACACGAACUGGUCGUGGCCCACGACGCCGCCCAAUAUUCAAUCGCCGCAAGUCCUCACAGACCUCCAUUCCAAAGUCUCCUAAUGCAGCCAUUGGCACAGCGACUCCUCGCCGACGUUCCGAGCCAGCCGCAACAACCGAUGGCGCAGACACCAUGUACGAAGACAGCUACGUGGAGCUAGGGCUACUGCAGCACUUGAGCUUCCGCGACGAAGAAGACCAAAUUGCGCGCGAACUCGGACGUGAGAUUACCCCGGAACCAAAGCCCGCAAAGCCAUAUGUGCCGCUCUUCGAUGAAGUCGAUGAUGAGAUCUUGCCUGUGUCAGGUGCCACAACUUCGGCUGUUCCGUUCCCUCCCGCUGCGUCGCUCAAGCAUCCUGCUCUCAGUCCUGAUAUCUUUGGUGGUGUCAGUGAUGUGGAUCUGCCUGGUGGGUCGGAUCUCGGACUGGAUGAUAUUGACGGAGACUGGUCCGAUGUCGAUGCGAUUGAUUCUACACUUCCUAUCUCACAGCCGUUUAAGAACCUUGUCGAGCAUCGUGAGCACAUGACGGAUAAGGCUCGUCCCACUGUUCACUCUGAGCUCAUUCCCGCUGUCAUUCCUGUGGACAAGCAUACCCCUCUGAUGCCGCCCAGCAUGGAAGGUGUCAAGCUCUGA